GUCCGUUGAUAGGAUGGCGAUGCGGAAGGGCUUGAAGUCUAAAGCAAGCAACAAGCUGGUGAUCACCUCCGUUGCCUUUCAAGACCACAUCACGCGGAGCCUGCUACAGUCAGACUUCUCACUUUCUGACCCUUUGCUGAGAUGCAGAAGAAAACCGGCCACAAACCCACAUGCAAGAGGAAACGUGGAAGGUUUGCAGAGGCCGGGUGACUGGCGAGACGAGAGAGAAUAUGUUCUGGAUCCGGCUCCUCCUGCUUUAUCAUUAGCUCAGAAGAUGGGUUUGGUGGCUUCCCCAGCAGAGAGGCUGAUGGAGGACGAAUGGAUGCAGGUCAAGGCGAGGUCCGUUCACCAGGGGGAAUCCGCUCAGCCCUGUGCGAUAUGCAGGGAGGAGUUCCGCCUGCAGCCUCAGGUGCUGCUGUCUUGCUCUCAUGUUUUCCACAGAGCAUGUCUACAGGCCUUUGAGAGGUUUUCUGGGAUGAAGCGCUGCCCUAUGUGCAGGAGGAGGCAGUAUGAAACACGCGUGAUACACGAUGCAGCUCAGCUCUUCAGACACCAGAGUGCUACCAGAAUUCAAGCAUGCUGGCGAGGCUACGUCGCUCGAAAGUGGUACAAGCAUAUGAGGAAAACAAUCUGCCCAAAAGACAGACGGCUGCGACGCAAAUUCUUUGAGGCGAAGUUGCAGGAGUUGAAUGACAGCUUUGUCCGAUACUGUCACACCGACACGGAGGCUUUUCUGAGUGAUAUCGACCGCUCCCUGUCAUCAAGCAGACGAGUGUUCCAGCAGUUGGAGAGAAAGAGUGUCUCCGAACCACAGGACAACGACUGGGACCGAAUACAGAGCCAGGUUAUCCAGAGGGAUGUGUGGGACUGUCCCAUCUGCCUGACUGCACUGUGCAGCCUGAACCUCCCAACACAAGCUGCUACUUCCAACCAUCAACAACCCCGACGAACCGUGCUCCUGUCCUGUUCCCACAUCUUCCACCAGCUUUGUUUAGAGGCCUUCGAGUCGUUUACAGCCAACAGCAGACCUUCAUGUCCCCUGUGCAGAUCUGUCUACCACAAAAGACUCAUCUAAAGCAGGUACACGUUUAUGCAAGGUGGCAUUUUAGAUUGUCCUGUCCUGUAAUAUUUGUUGGGUAAAGUAAUAUGUAUUAAAAAAAAAAGGUGUCGGGGUGGAGCAUUGCCCCUGAGAAGUUUGUAUUGGGUCUGUUACGUCGUUAACGUGCCUGCUCCAUCACUGUGAAUUUCCUGUUGACAUUUUAUUAGGGGGCUGGCAGGAAAAGUUCCAGAAAAUGUCUCUGGAGCAACUGACUCAGACAUUUUUUUGUUGCUACAUUCAGCCCCUCUGGAAAAUAUCAGGAGAAUGUCCUGACUUCUUUGCAUGCCUGAACUCAGCUUAUGUUAAACGCAGCUGGAGCUGGGAGGCAGUUGUACUUCGAUUGAAUUGUUUGGUGCAGUGACUUCCUGUAAUCAUCUUAUCACAGUGAGAGAAACCAGCAUCCAGCAGAAAGUCGUGGAGUUCAUUCCGCCCAGGCGUUGUUUGCCAAAACCUACUGCACGCACCUAUAAAAACACAAGCUGUCAUUUUUGCACUGUUUGUGUUUGGAUUAAAGAAGUGAGAUUUAAUUUGUUAGUGGGUUAAAGGGCUGCUGAUUUAUGUAACCUUUGGUCAGAGCUUCUCGUCUUUAUGCUAAGCUAAUCUAAGCUUAUCAGGUCUUGGCUCCUGCACAAAAACACGAGAUGUUUUGUUGUUCUUUCCAAACUCUCUGCAAUGAAGUGGUAAAUAAGGUGUAAAAAUCUAAAAUAUGAAUUUAUAGUAAUUUGUCAAGCACCAUUAUUGUCCUGGAUGCUACAAUGAGAAAAGAACAGAUACUGAAGCAUUUUCUACUUUUAUUUUCAAACACAUAAACAUCAAAAAUAACAAAACAUAAAUUUAGCAAACUGAGAAAUUUGUAAAAAAAUACAUUCACAAGACAUGUACCAAAAACUUACAUGCAGAGACUGACGGACAUAGAGACAGAAAUAAAAGCUGCGUCACUUACAGUACACACAAACUCUCGACUUUACAAACCCCCACAGAAAACACAGAUUGACGGUGAGGCCAACCAGAAACGCUGUAAUCGAAAACAGACCUGUCGGCUCUCGGGUCAGAAGCGACUGCGAGGAGUGUGAUUGUGAUGCUUCCCUGCCAGAGUCCAACGUUACCACACUCUCCUGAAUAGAUGGGAUCAAAGCAAUUGUGGAAAUGUAAAAAAAAAAAUCCCCAUAGAGCAAUUUUAGUGAUUAUAAUUCAUCCGGCUCAAGUCAGAAAAACCUUUUGUGCUAAUUUAAAUUAUUUUACCAAUUUAUAGUAUCAUUAUUUUUGCUUUACCAUAUCAUUUUGUGCCAUCUUACUUCCCCCCCCAAUGAUCAGUGUUGUCCUAAAAUGAAAAGCUGACAACACAAUAUGAGCAUGUUUCAUGGAGUAUUAGGGCCAUAAUGAAGAAAAGAAAAGAGAAUAAGGUUGUAAUUUUACAAGAAUGAAGUCCUAAUUUAAUGAGAAUCCAUGUUUCAACUCCUUAUGGAUCCAAAACAAUUAGAUUUUAUGAAUAUCAUGCAGAUGUACCCGAUGAUAUCCUUCCAGUCGGUCAUCUCCUCUUCUAUAAAAGCAAAUUUCUUCCAAGUCCAUGUGGUUCUUUCUUCAUAAUACUCAGUUUAUUGAACAAACUUACAAUGACAUGUUGCCGAUGUGCAAAAAGGUGGAUAGUUGAUAGAAGAGUGAUAAAUUACCUGUGAAAUAACUUAGCCUAAAGUUAAGACAUAAGUUUUGUAAGAGAUUUUUUUCACCCCUUAAGUGAGCCCAACACUCGACUGUAUGCAUGAGACAAACUACAACCUACUACAAAAUCUACUGAAUGUUUCUGCCAGGAAAGACUUUGUGGAACCUGGACUCUUGGAUGGUAAACGCUGUUAUAUCUUUAAAUCCCACUUUCCAAAACAUUCUCCCGUCCGAUUUACUAAUUUGGGAAGCUGGCUUCAGUGUUGAAAAUGUAUCUUUGUAAUGUAGCAACAACCAUCGACAGCUUUGAUGUAAAACAUUUCCUGUCCUGAGAAACCCAAGUUUUAAAUGCAUAUGUGAAUUA